ACGAUGCAUUUUGUAUUGUUUCGUUGCCCGAUGCCGCGCUAAAGUUGUUUGGUUAAGUUGCCACCCUUGCGGAAUUCGGGUGACAGACUGACUGGACGCGGAGCGUUUAUUGUUGUUUGUUAUAUUUCGUUGUUUAUUCUCAAUGUUAGGAGUUUUUACCUUUGAUCUGCAUCAGUGAAUUUUUACAUUUUUGUCUGGUACUCUGGUUAAGAAAUAACGAAGUACGAAGCGUCUGUAAGCUAAUUUCUACGCUUUAAAGAUGUCAAAAAAUCCAUUUGUGAAUUGUAAAUCACGUAAACGAAGAAAGAUAAGAGCUCCGAUUGUCAAACCAAAAGAGAAACUAUUUUGCCCUCGUACUAUGGUGAGAUACGAUAAUUGUCCCACUGCAUACAGUACUAUAUGGGUUUGCAAAAUGUGCUUAAAGAGUUUGUUGAGCGAAGAUGCUGUAAACAACCAUUUGACUGAUUGCAAUGCAUCAUCAAGAAGAGAUAAAGCUAAUCCACCUACUAAAAAAAAUGAAGAUACUCAUUAUAUUUGUGAGACUUGUAAAAAAGUAUUUGCAAGGCGUGUUACACUAAAGAAACAUCUAGAAGUGCAUGAAAAGUCAUCAAGUAGUAUAGACUCUGAAGAAUCUAAUGAUGAAGUAGAAGAAAUGGAUGAUGUUGAUGAAGUUGAUCUUUUAAAUGCAGAAAAUGAAGACGAUGACGACGAUGAUGACGAAUCUGAGGAAGAAAAUCCAUGCAGUAGCAUUGAUUUGACGACUUAAUUUCAUUUCAUUAUAUUCAUAAUUUUUUUUUUUUUUUUUUUUUUUUUUUUUUCUAAUUAAGUUAAAUUAAAUUAAAUUAUCUUUUAUUAUUUUUAUAUAUUAUACAAUUUCUUACAGGUCUUAAACAUCUCAAGUUUUUUCAUAGGCUCAUUGUAUUUUAGUUACAAUAUAUAUUUAACUUUGAAUUAUGAUAUAAAUACAAAUUAAAACAAACUAGUUAUACUUAA